AUGGCUUUCAACUUCCCGGCGUGCACCUACAUCGUGGCCAUGAUAACUGACGCUUUUCUGUUGUUUUUCUCCGUGUUUCACGUUAUUGCGUUUGAUGAACUGAAAAAUGACAGCAAGAAUCCUAUAGAUCAAUGCAACAGCUUAAAUCCAUUAGUGAUUCCAGAAUAUAUUUUACAUUUCUUCUCAAAUUUGCUGUUUUUGUUUGGAGGCCAGUGGUUAUCCAUUGCUAUAAAUGUUCCAUUAAUGGCUUAUCAUAUUUCAAAGUAUCGAAAUAGACCAGCUAUGUCUGGCUUUGGUCUCUAUGAUCCAACAAGUAUUAUGAAUGCCGAUAAACUAAAUAAAUAUCAACGUGAAGGUUGGAUAAAAUUGGCAUUUUAUUUGUUCUCAUUUUUUUACUACUUAUACGGAAUGAUAAGAGCAUUAAUCACAGCUUAA